AUGCUGAAAGGACUGAAAAAAGGCUAUAAGCAUGGAGAAACUUUGAAAUCAUAUUUAGAUUUAACCAACCAGAGCAGAAGAUACAACAUAAAGGAAUCUGCUGAGCUUAAUGGAGAUGGGAAGACCUUCCUCCAUGACAAUCAUGAAGAAACUCAUACUGAAGUGGAAUCCUGUGACAAUAAAAUGCUCAUCAGCACUAAGUCACAGUUUUGUAAACAUCAGCAAGCACACAAUAUAGACACAGCCCAUGAAUGCACUGAAUCGCAGACUCACAAACUUCAGAGAACUCACAAAGGGGAGAAACCCCAUGAGUGUAGUGAAAGUGGGAAAAGUUUCUCUAGAAAAUCCCUGCUCAUUUUAUGUCAGCGAAUUCAUACUAGACAGAAACCUUAUACAAACAGGGAAUGUGGAAAAGGCUUCAUCCAAAAGGGAGAGAAGCCCUAUGACUGUGACAAGUGUGAGAAAGCAUACUCCUACAUAUCUUGCCUUGUUAAAGAUAAGAAAACACAUACAAGGGAGAAACAUGGAAUUUCAGUGAAGGUGGACGGUUCUUCCACAGCAAGUCACAGCGCGGAGGAUCGGGGAAACUGCCAGUCAAACGGAGGUAGGCUUCAAAAUGGCGGCUACCUGCGAGUAUCCAUACUCUGGGGCUCAGACUUAUUACGUCAUAACGGGACGUCUGCGCGCCGAAUCCGCGGCUCUGGAGCGAAGGCUUUCUGGCCCUCGCUGGCCGCCAUCUCUGUGCUUGUCCAGUGUCUGCUCAGUCCAGCAAGAAGUAGAUCGCGGUGCUGCAUGGAGACAAGUGUUGAGAAAAGUGGGUUUUCUGUGACUCGUCUCCAGCUGGUUGGAGACAGGGAUCAUCCGUCACGUCUGUGCUGUAAUAACAAGAAAAACAUGAAACAUGUCAUGAUAGCAAUGAGAAGAAGGCAAGGCAAUUUUUCAGGGAAUGUAAACAUGUCGUUGCUCUUAGAUCUUAAGAAACAUUUUCUCCAGGAAGGUUUUGUGGUAGAUAGUGUCCUACAAAUCACCCUUGUAAUAAAGGGAUCAUUAUCCUUCGAAGAUGUGGCUGUGUACUUCACCAGGGAGGAAUGGCAGUUUUUGGACCCAAUUCAGAAGGUGCUUUAUAAGGAGGUAAUGUUGGAGAACUACGGCAAUCUUGUAUCAGUAGGUUUUGUUAUCCUGAAUCGACAUUUUGCAGAAAAGGAUUAUGAUGACUUUAGUGGAUAUGGGAAGUCAUGUCUCUAUAUCAAGCAUGACAGAACUCUUAUCGGACUUAAAUACCAUAGAUGUAUUAACCCCGGUAACACUAAAUCACAGCUCAAUGACUAUCACAAAACAUAUACAGGAGAGAAGCCAUAUGAAUGCAGUGAGGGUGGCAAAACCUUCUCCAGGAAAGCACAGCUCGUUAGACAGCAAAGAAGCAAAAGAGGAGAGAAACCCUGUAGAUGCCAAAAAUGUCAAAAAAUAUUCAUGAGAAAGAUUCAGCUGAUUGAACAUCAGACAACUCAGAGAGGACAGAAACCCCAUGAAAGUAAUGAGUGUGAGAAGGCCUUCUUAAGAAAGUCGCCGCUCAUGUUACAUCAGCAAACUCACACAGGAGAAAAAUUGUACAGAAGUGAAUGUAGGAAAGGCUUCAGUAAGAAGUCCUGGCUCACUAGACACCAGCGAUCUCGCACUAGAGAGAAACCCCAUGCAUGCAAUGUAUGUGGGAAAGGCUUUUCUCAAAAGGCAUAUAUCACUGUACACCAAAGAAUUCAUACAGGAGAGAAACCAUAUGAAUGCAGUUUGUGUGGGAAAGCCUUCUCUCACAAGAUAUGUCUAACUCUACACCAGAGACUUCAUACAGGAGACAAGCCAUAUGAAUGCACUGAAUGUGGAAAAGUCUUUUCCCUAAAGACGUAUCUCACUCGACACCAGAGACGUCAUAGAGGAGAGGAUCCAUUUGAAUGCAGUGAAUGUGGGAAAGUCUUCUCCAAGAAAACAGAUCUCGUUAGCCAUCAAAGAACCGAAAGAGGAGAGAAACCCCAUGGAUGCAAUGAAUGUGGAAAAACCUUCAAGUGGAAGAUUCAACUCAUUAAACAUCAGCGAACUCAUACAGGAGAGAAGCCUUAUGAAUGCACUGAAUGUGGAAAAGCCUAUUCCCAAAAGGCCCAUCUCACUGUACACCAGAGACUUCAUACAGGAGAGAAACCUUAUGAAUGCACUGAAUGUGGAAAAGCCUUUUCCCAAAAGGCAUAUCUCACUGAACACCAGAGAAUUCAUACAGGAGAGAAGCCUUACAAAUGCACUGAAUGUGGAAAAGUCUUUUCCCAAAGGUCACGUCUCACUCUACAUAAGAGACUUCAUACAGGAGAAAAACCUUAUGAAUGCACUGACUGUGGAAGAACCUUCUAUUUUAAGUCAGCUCUUACCAAACAUCAGAAAGUUCAUACAGGAGAGAGACCUUAUGAAUGUAAUGAGUGCAGCAAAGCCUUUAAAAGCAAGUCAGAGCUCAUUCAUCAUCUGCGAACUCAUACUGGAGAGAGACCAUAUUCAUGCAGUGAAUGUGGUAAAACCUUCUAUCGGAAGUCCCACCUCAGUGCACACCAGCGAUCUCACACUGGAGAGAAACUCUAUGGAUGCAGUGUGUGUGGGAAAGCCUUUUCCCAAAAGGCAUCUCUCACUACCCACCAGAAACUUCAUACAGGAGAGAAGCCAUAUGAAUGCAGUGAGUGUGGGAAAGCCUUUGCCAGCAAAGUCCAGCUUGUUAGACAUCAACGAGCUGAAAGAGGAGAGAAACCCCAUGGAUGUGAUGAAUGUGGAAAAACAUUCAUGAGGAAGAUUCAGCUCACUGAACAUCAGAGAACUCACACAGGAGAGAAACCCCAUGAAUGUAAUGAGUGCAACAAAGCCUUUAGAUGCAAGUCACAACUCACUCAGCAUCUGCGGACCCAUACUGGAGAGAGACCGUAUUCAUGCAGUGAAUGUGGCAAAGGCUUCAGUCGUAGGUCCCAGCUCACUAGACAUCAGCGAUCUCAUACUGGAGAGAAACACUAUGGAUGUGGUGUGUGUGGGAAAGCCUUUUCUCAAAAGACAUAUCUCAAUGUACACCAGAGACUUCAUACAGGAGAGAACCUUAUGAAUUCACUGAAUGUAGUAGGACCUUCCAUUUAAUGACCUUACCAGACAUUAGUGAAUUCACACUGGAAGGAAACCUUAUGAAAGUAAUGAGUGUAACAAAGCUGUUAGAAGCACGUGAGAGCUCAUCCAGCUUCUGGAAACUCAUACCUGAGAGAGACCUUGCUCAUGCAUUGAAUGUGGCAAAGACUGCCUACAAAUCAGUCCUUACUAACCGUAAGAAAAUUCCCAGAGGAGAGACAGCUAUAAAUCCACUGAAAGUGGAGAAACCUUCCUUAGGGAGUCAUAACUCUCUAUACAUGAAUGAACUCAUACAAGGAGAAAACCCUGUGGACACAGUUCCUGUGGAUAUGACUUCUUCAGGCUGAAGUGCAGUGUGACAGUCACAGCCACCCAGACAUCUACCUGCUGGUCUCUGGGGAUAGGCCAGCCUCAGCCUUCCAA